CGUUUACAACCAUAAUUUAUGGUAAGAAAAAGCUUUUAUUUAUUUAUUUUUCAGUUCGCAUGUAUAUUUGGACAGAAAUUGCUUGCAAAUAUUUCAUAUCUAUAGCACAAGAAUAUUUAGCUGUUCAAGAGUGUUUAUGUAUUCAGUUUUAGUCAACUAAUAACUUUGUGUGACCGUGUUAAACCUCGCAGUUAUUAGUUUUAGAAUAAUAGGAGUAAGAGCAAAUCGGAAGGAAUUUAGGGUCAGUCAAACAAAAACGUUGCAUCACUACAUGAAUUCACAGACUGCCGGUUUUUUUCUGAGCUAUCUUAGGGGGAUAAAACUAUCUGGUUGUUGUCGGAGAGAUAACCAUAGUUUAUGGCUGAUGACCAGAUAUGACCUUGGUUCAAAACCACUCAGUGUCAGAAGUGUUCUAUUGGGUUGUCUUUUGAAGAAGGGUGCGCCCUAGAAGUGUGUUAUACACUAUUAUUUGUUUAAACAUAUAAGCAUUGGCGUAAGGGGGUACCACAUAUAUAUGUGCCACACAGUAAAAAUGAAGUUGUAGAAGGAUAGAGGAAGGAAAGUGAGUAUAAUAAAAAAUAAGAACAACAAUCAUUAGAGAUUAAUGUACUGGAGUGAAAUAAGAACUCGCUCUCUGUUGAUCACUUAACUGGUGGUAGAACUCAUUCUUGAUCACAUCCGGGCUGCAGUCUGUCAAAGCGUAGGCAGAGACAAUGAAAAGACAUUGUUUUUCACGCCGAUUUCUUCUCAUUUUCAUGGGGCUUUCUAAUCUAACAGCACAUAACCGGCUGUUAAUGGAGAUCCGAUCGAUUGGUGCUGCUUCAGCUCUAGCGCUUGUUGUGACACCAACGCCAACAAAAGCAGACGACGAUUCCACAGGGUCCCUGGAUAGACGUGCGUAAAACAAGUUUUUCGAAGCAACAGAUAGAGAGUGAACUUGUAGUAGUUUACUAGGAUCUUGGGUCUCGGAUAGACAACAUAUGUCGAUGUUGAGACUCUCUAGAGACAAAGCCAACCCUAUCUGUUGUCCUAUCUUUAUUGGUUUGUGAACGUUGAAAGAGGUCAGUGAGAGUAACUUCUUCAACUAAAAGAGUUAUUUCUGGUUGUAUUUUUCCAACUGAUCUACCCCAUUAUUAUUAUUAUUAUUAUUAUUAUUAUUUCACUUUCAUACACUAAUUUCCAAUUAUCGUUCUUUUUAUUAUGCUCACUUUCCUUCAUCUAUCCUUCCACUACCUUAUUUUUAUUGUGUGGCACACAUAUAUUUGUCACUUCCUUAUGUUUCAAUGAAUAGAUGGAUGCAUUUUUGGGGAGUUGCAAAGUAUUCCUCGGAAAAGUCCAUAUGGGUUCAGAAAACACUGGGAACCAUUUUAUUCAGUCAAUGUUGAAUAGAAGCUUCCCAGAAACAUCUAGAAUGUAAAUUGCCAAGUGUUACGUUUCUGAUUGGAUAUUUACCUCUUUUGCUACUAUAUUUGCUUUGGUUCCGGAAAAUUUCAAAACCGUACAAUCAUCUGUAGUAUUAUAAAUAUCCUCGUUUUUCCGUACACAAACUAACCUUGAGGUGCUUUUGUGGCUGGUCUUGAUGCAGGAUUAAUCUAUAAUUCAUGGCCAAAAAUGGCUGAUAAGUGGAUUCCUGAUGAUUUAAUUGUAUCUCGAUAUGGUUCUACUGUGGGGAACUUUUUGGACAAUCCAACUACAGUUCAAUUUACUCAUCGAAUGCUAGCUUAUACAACAGUUUUAACCACAGGUUUAUUAUGGGCAAAUGUCAUGCGUUUAGGUGUAGCAUGUACAGGACCACGUAUUAGGAAUGCUGCACACUUGGUUUUUAGUGCUGUGUUAGGACAAUCAUUACUUGGCAUAACAACUUUAUUAUGUUAUGUACCAGCUUCAUUGGGAUCAUUGCAUCAAUGCGGUGGUGUUGUUUUACUUUCAUCCUUACUCUGGUUUACGCAUUGUUUACGUGCUGUUCCAAAAUAA